AUGAGCGCUGUCUUUCAAGCACCACUGGCUUCGUGGGAAAGUCAUGUUCACAACUACACUGCCCGAGCCCCAGCUACCAUGAACGAAAAAUCCCAGUACUACCGAUACCCUGUGAAACAACCCGAGCAACAGCAUCAACACCGAAAUGGAUCGAUCUCGACAGCGUCACAUGUUCAGGUCGGACAACCUGUCCGACCUUCAACACCUUCUACUUCAACAUCCACCGCGAUCAAAAUUGAUGCUGAGUCGCUAGUCUACCACAGCCUUGUAAUUCCCAAGUGCAUAAGCCCUGUAGGCGGAAAUCUUGCCGAUUUCGCUGCUCAAAUGACUUGCUUAUUCUGGUUUGAGUCGAUUGACGAGCUCAAACAGGCAGGUUCAAUUCGUGCAAUGGGCUCCAACGCUCUCGUUCAGCGUUUACCACCUCUCGCCAAACCCCUGGAGCAAUUUCGGAAGUGGGUGUACAGCGUUCUCUCCACGACACAAGUGACCCAGAAUGUCAUCUUGCUGGCUCUACUAUUUAUCUACCGACUAAAAAUGUCGACACCUCAAAUCAAGGGGCGUGCUGGCAGCGAGUAUAGAUUGCUAACAGUAGCACUGAUGCUCGGGAACAAAUUCUUGGAUGAUAACACCUACACGAACAAGACUUGGGCUGAGGUGUCAUGCUUCAAUGUGCAGGAGAUUCAUGUCAUGGAAGUGGAGUUUUUGUCUAACAUGCGAUACAACUUGGUGGCGACGAAGGAGCAGUGGGAUGACUGGUUAGACAAGCUAGCCUGCUUCCACGAGUACUACGAGCGAGCUAUGCGAUUGCCAGCGUCGCCGGUUCACAUUCCCACGCCAGCAAACAACACGCGCCACUCGCCUGUCGCUUCACCAACGGGUGCUAUGCAACCCGCCGUCAGCCUGCCACCUACUCCGGCUAUCACAGCGAACUACUCACCUGCGUCGAGUCACUCGCAAAACUGGUCCGCGUACCAAACUAACACCAUCUCUCCACUCUCUACCAAGCCCAAUCUCCAGUUCCCUCCUGUGUCACGGAAGCGAAGUCCCGAGGGAGAUAUCAUGGAACACCCCGCCAAACGACUUGCUCCUCCUCAACGAGGUCCGGCUCCCGUUAUGGCUCAAGUCCCGCGAUCAAACGGUAUUGUUGAGCCGGCCAGACUGCCUGCUCCUCACCCCACUAUCAUGACUGGACAACCUCAGACCCAACCUACGUUAAUGCCCUUUGAUAACGUUGGUGUCAAUGGGUAUCCUCCGUCUGUACAGCAGGUAGCUCAGCCUGGCCACGUCUCGCUUCCUCCACUGCAAACCGGUAUGCGCGCCAUGUCGACAGUCUACUCUUCAGUCCCGACGGCCAUGGUGCCGAAGCAAUCGCUUCCCGCGACGACGGGUGUCACGAUGGCGCAAACCAGUUUCCCUGCCCAGGCGCCUGCAAAUUACGGUACCUCCAGCAAACAGCUUAGCCCUGGCCGCUUGGGGCCAUUCAACUCGUCGCCUUUGGCAGAAACGUAUGGUCAGGCAUCGGUUAUUCAUACUCCUAUGACGCACACUCCGAUCUCCAACUCGCCGAGCGUCUAUCUGCAGCAGAGACCCAGUCCGUACAAGCCUGUACGCCACGUGAACACGCUCUUGCACCCCCCGCCUUCAGCAUCGUUGGAACAAUACCACCUUUCUGUACCUGUUCCUCCAACCCAGAUGCACUAUCAGCCCAUCGGGCGACGGAACGAUCUUCGAACUGGUAUCGUGCCUGACUUUGUCGUUUAUGAUCGCGUUCACCCUCAGCAUCAGGCCCUUCAGGGACAUUACCCGUCUUAG